AUGCCGGUUCCUGAUCUUUCCUUACACAUUAGCCCUCCUAAUACAGUUCCUUCAUCGGACACCGGAUUCGAUCUUUGGCAAGGACGACGACCGGAGAGUGAUAGUUCAGUAAAGAUAGACUCACAAGCUUACCCAGAGCUUUCAUUGGCUAACCCAAGAAAUGGGUUAGAAGUUGAAAGGAAUUGGGGGAGAAACUUUACAAGAGGAAGUGAAGAACAUCUUAAUAGUAACUGGAAUACUAAUCAUCUAAAUGAUGGAGUAUUACCCAUAAAAGGGAUUCCAGUGUAUCACAACCGUUCAUUCCCUUUCAUGUCUUUAGAUAAUUCAAGAGAGAAGGAUCCAAACUUGUGUUUCUACCCAAUGUCAUCAUAUCCUUCUUGGUCUUCUUCUUCUACUUCUCCAACUUCUUCCUUUCAACAAAGAGGUUUAGACCCUAUGGUAAUAUUAAGCUGUGGACUCAAUUCAUCUUCUCCGUCGUCACCGUCACUGUCAUCAUCACCGUCACCGGCUUAUCGGAUUGCCGCUGUUUCUAGGUUUAAUGGGUUAUCUUCAGAUUCAUUCAAAUCUAACCAACUACAACAUCAUCAGUACUACCACCACCACCACCACAACCAAUAUGGAAUGGGAGCUUCAGAGACUUCUCAUGGAAUGAUUAGAUCAAGAUUUAUGCAAAAGCUACCGGCGAAACGGAGUAUGAGAGCGCCUCGAAUGCGUUGGACAAGUACUCUUCAUGCUCGAUUUGUUCAUGCGGUGGAGCUUCUCGGUGGACAUGAAAGGGCUACUCCGAAAUCGGUUCUUGAGCUUAUGGAUGUUAAAGAUUUAACAUUAGCUCAUGUUAAGAGUCAUUUACAGAUGUAUCGAACUGUUAAGACUACUGACAAACCUGCAGCUUCCUCAGGACAAUCAGAUGGGUCAGGAGAUGAAGAUAUUGGAUCGGCGGGAUCAGCGGCGGCAGCCGGAGAUCUUAGAUUACAAAGGUUAAUUGAUCAAAGAGGAACAUCAGAUGGAUCUAUACAUAGAGACUCAGAUUACCCUUCUACUACUACUACUACUACUUUGUGGAGUAACUCUUCAAGUGGUAGAGGAUUGCCUCUGCAAAAUAACACAAGUGACAUGGAUUGGCAUAGACCUUCAACCUUCUUGUCCCAACAAAGACCUGGGCACCAAGUUGAGGAGAGCAAUUUCAGCAGAUCAAAAAGCUUCCCUGGGUCCCAUUUGGGUAUCAAGAAUCCUAGCUUGGAAUUCACCUUAGGAAGACCUGGUUGGCACAGUGAAGAACAUGAUUGAAAUGCUAAAGACUUGUCAUUCUUUUAAGUGGGUAUCCCUUAAUUGAAUCCAGUUUCUUCAUGGGUGACAUAAAGGGAAAAUAUAGAUAUAUACAUAUAUGGUCACAAACACAAAGGUCUGCUAUAGAGGUGUUGAGUUGGAAGGAGGAAAGAAAAAGCCAUAUCUUACUUAUAAUCCCAAGCAUGUAAGUCUUAAGCUGUAUUGAACAUACAUCUCUUUUAGGGUUUUUGUAAGUGGCUGAAGCUGCUGCACUUUAUUCUGAACUGAGAUACUAUUCCAUGUGGAUGCUGAGAAAGAAGAAGAAAAAGAGAAGAAAGAAGGGAAUCAGUUUUAAUGGUGCACUAUAUAUGUGGGUUAUGUUCUCUUUUUUAAAUUAAAAAGAAAAAUGUCUAAUCCAUUAGUACUACUCUCUGACUGUUUCUCAUGGGAACUUUUGUCUUGUGAGAGUGUGAAAGCUUGACUUUUAAGAGUUCUCUUUAUGUCAUUAGCUUCAUCUCUCAUAUUAAAGUUGAUAUAUGCCCACACAAAAAAGGUAAGUGAAUAAUUAUGU